UCCCACUGUUUUGGAGUGAAAUCGUUUUCCAGUAGUCUAUCUUCGUUGCUGUGCUUCAAAAGGCUACCCAACCAGACAACGACAAAACGCAAGGGUGAUGACUAUAACCUCGGUGAUCUUGAGAUGGAGGAUUUAGCUUUAGUGGACCUGCUGGAGUGCCCUGUGUGCUUGGAAAGACUUGGUGUGUCGGCCAAAGUGUUGCCAUGCCAACACACCUUCUGCCUGCCCUGUCUUCAGAAGAUGGUCUAUGGCAAGGCAGAGCUGCGGUGCCCUGAGUGCAGGACCCCAGUCACAUGUGAAGUCGAGGAGCUGCCUGCCAAUCUGCUCCUGGUUCGGCUUCUGGAUGGUAUAAGACAAGGCUCUGGUGCGAUGUCAAAAUCAAACAUUGUUCGGAGACCAGAGGUCUUCUCGUCGCAGGACCCCUCCAGAAAAAGACCCGGGGAGCCAAGGAAUACACAAGCACUGCAGCACAGACACUUGCGGAAUACCAGGAGCACACUGGAUAGGGUGCCUUGUGCCAGGGCGUUGUAUAACUAUGGAGGGAACCUCCCUGGGGACCUGAAGUUCAAAGCAGGAGAUCUCAUCAUCCUGAGGCGGCAAGUGGAUGGAAACUGGUAUCAGGGAGACAUCAAGGGUGUGAGGGGACUGUUCCCCGCUAGCUUUGUUCAAGUUAUCAACCAGCUUCCCCAGCCUCCUCCCCUCUGCAGAGCUCUUUAUAAUUUUGAGAUGAAGGAGAAAGACAAGGAUGAGAACAAAGACUGCCUGACGUUCCGAAAGGUACAUUCUGAGAUGACAUGACUUAACUCUGUGUACAAUAGAUGGUUACUUAUGGGGUUAAAACAAAGAGCACACAGCUGUGAAAAGCAUAAUUUUCAAUACCAUAUUCCUAAUGAUGUAUAUCCUAACAGCAAGGUUUAUUUUGAAUGUGUUUUGCUUGGA